AGCGGAGGUGCCGCCGGCCGGCAGGGGCGCUGCUGGCAGCGGGCGGGGGAAGCGGAGCGGCGGCCCUGCCGUUCCCCGGCUGCGCGGCCGCCUCCUCCCCUCCGCCUCUUCCUGGCCGCGGCCGGAGGAGCUGUGCUGGCAGCGGGGAGGCGGCGGCGGCGGCGCCCAGCUCCCGGCCCGCCAUGGCGAUCCGCAAGAAGAGCAACAAGAACCCGCCGGUGCUGAGCCACGAGUUCAUCGUGCAGAACCAUGCGGACAUCGUGUCCUGCAUGGCCAUGAUCUUCCUGCUGGGGCUCAUGUUCGAGAUUACAGCAAAAGCAGCCGUCAUUUUUGUUACACUUCAGUAUAAUGUUACCAUUCCUGCCACAGAAGAACAAUCUGCAGAAACAAUCUCUCUCUAUUACUAUGGCAUCAAAGACUUGGCUACAAUUUUCUUUUACAUGCUUGUAGCAAUAAUCAUACAUGCUAUAAUUCAGGAGUAUGUACUGGAUAAAAUUAACAGGAAAAUGCACUUUUCAAAGACAAAGCAUAGCAAGUUCAACGAGUCUGGGCAGCUUAGUGCAUUCUACCUUUUCUCCUGUGUUUGGGGAACGAGUAUUCUUGUCUCUGAGAACUAUAUAUCCGAUCCAACCUCUCUGUGGAGGGACUAUCCGCACGCUCUGAUUCCGUUUCAAAUGAAGUUUUUCUACAUCUUACAGUUGGCAUACUGGUUUCAUGCUUUUCCAGAACUGUACUUUCAGAAAACUAAAAAAGAAGAUAUCUUUCGCCAGAUUGUCUACAUUGGACUUUACCUCUUUCAUAUUGCUGGAGCCUAUCUCCUGAAUCUGACCCAUCUUGGACUUGUUCUUCUGGUACUGCAUUACUUCGUUGAAUUUCUUUUCCACAUAUCUCGUCUUUUCUACUUCAGUGAUGAAAAAUACCAGAAAGGAUUUUCACUGUGGGCAGUUCUUUUUGUUUUGGGAAGGCUUCUCACCUUGAUUCUCUCAGUCCUCACUUUUGGCUUUGGACUGGCAAGAGCAGAAGAUCAGCAGCUGAAUUUCAGUACUGGGAACUUUAAUAUCCUGGCUGUUAGAAUCAGUGUGCUGGCCUCCAUCUGCAUGACUCAAGCAUUUAUGAUGUGGAAGUUCAUUAAUUUCCAGCUUCGGAGGUGGAGAGAGCAUUCUUCUUCUCAGCCUCAGUCAGUGAAAAAGAAGUUUGUAUCAGCUAAAGGAAAGACCUCCAGAAAAGAAAGAGAAAAUGGAAUAAAUGGAACAGUGACCUCAAACGGAGCAGACUCGCCUCGCAGCAGGAAGGAUAAAUCCUCAUAAAACUGGGUUUUAUUAAGUUAAUUGACUAAUGUCCCCAAAGAAUCUGCUUUUUACAUGGAUGGCCCUUCAGCACUAGAGAUAUUAUGGAUUAAAGAAAAUACAAUUCAUGUUUUUUGAUUAUUGCUGUUGUUUUGAGAAACUUUUUUUAAAAAACCAUUUUGACUAAGGAAAAGGGUUUAUCUCUCUUCAAAUACUUGGGGGGAGGAUUCAACACUUUUUAAAAAACAUUGACGCUUUUUUAAAUAUUUACUGUGAUGAAAUAACUCACUUAUUGAGGAUCACUGUUGCAGUGUAUUAUUUCCUUCCAGUUUUUGUAAUCUUGGUGAUACUGUUCAACCAAUUUCACUUUUUCCAAGUUCCUCAAGAAGUAUUGCAAAAUUGAAGUAAAAACAUAGUAUGAAUUUUCAGAUACUCUGGGUUUUCAGUUAAUUACCUUGACUCAAAUUUACGUUUCAAUUUGGGAUUCCAAGACCACACCAAUAGACAUCUUUAUUUGGUAGUUACUAGCUGCACAAUGUCUGCUCUAAGAAUUGCCCCAUAUCAUUAAAACAAAACUGAACUAAUUGGAAAUGUUGCAGAGUCUUAUUGUUUGCUGGUUAGAAAUCUCUUACAAGGAACACAACACCUUUUUGAGAUAUAGCUUUUAGCACCUGAAAAUUAGAAGGGAGCGUGUAUGGUCAUAGAAAAUGUUGUUUUGAAUAGCACUGUCCACUCCUGUCUGUGCUUUUGAGGUGUAAGUAUCUUGGGGAAUUAGUGCACGUUGGACCUUCUCUGAAAACUUGUCUGUCUGAUUUUAUGAGUGGGGGUUAUUACAAUGUGUUGUGUUUGUUUUGGGAGGCAAUUAAUGCUCCAUGAAGAGGGAAUUAGAUAAAUUGAUCAAGUGAUGAGAAACAUUCCUUUAUUCUAACUGCUUUGCUUUGUUUCACCUGUUAGGAAAUAGCUUAAUUUCUCCUAUAUAUAUUUUUAUGAAAAAAUAUUUAAAAGCUACAGCUUCUUAAAACUGAUUUGUUGUGACUUCUGCUACAACUGGAAAAAUCUAAAUUUAAGAAUUUUUCCAUUACCUUUCAUAAUUGUAUUCAAUGUGAAACUUUGUCCAGUUAGUUUUCCAGUUUGAUAUGCAGAUAAUGUUUCUUCUGUACACUUUUGUAAUGGGUAUAAUUCAACCUGUUUCACUUGUGAAUGAGUGAGACGGUUAUUGCAGUCUUAAGAAGUUGCUGAAUUAGCCUAUCAAGUUAACCCAAGUAUUGAACUGCUUAUUGAUUAAGGAGUAAUUACGAGCAAUCAAGCUGAUAAAUAAAAUAAUUUUAGUUAAAAGCUGUUAUUAUAAUUGAGUUUAUACCCAACAAAGUGAUAAAUCUGCAUUCUGUAUUUUCUAGAGUUCACUUGCUUACUAUUCAGAAUAAAUGUUUCUGGUACAAAAUCCUCA